AUGGCGAAGGCGGACUACAACCACGAUGAUUCAUGGCUCUCAAGCAGGCAAAAAAUCCGAUUGUGGAGUUCAACCGGCGUCAACUGGGAUGAUUACAAGGUCAUCAAGAGGGGAGGAAAUAUGGUCUGCAUGAGACGGGACGAGAUACCCGUCCCCGGGACGGCCUGCUUCGAAGCUCACUGCCAGCCUCCUUCUCCAACCCAGAUGAGGGGAGUCUACAUUGAGAAGUUGCGCCUGAUGGCGCCUCAAAAUCCCCUUGUGCGUUCCCAUGAGGCGAAGCAAGCCCGCAUCGACUGCUUGCAGGAGGAAAUCCUUUUCCUGCGUGUGGAGAUAAGCCAACGGCAAAAGCUGGUGAAUGGGAAGGCCAAGGAGUUGCGCCACUUGGCGCCUGACUAUACCUUCCUGUUCUACGCCUUCUCUCCCUAA